AUGCGAACACCCCACGGCGGCCACGGUCUCACCACCAAUUGCCGCGAACCGAAUGCACCGCAUGAGCUAGUCUGCCGGCACCGUGGACGGGGAACCGGCCAAAGCGGCUCGAAUCACAAACAACCCGCCAAGCGCGGGACAAAAGUCCCAAAACAACCCCGCGCCGAAAAGUUGCUCCUUCAGCAAAGCCAAAAGAUACUGGAUGUGGGCAUCAUGAGCAUUCUGCCGGACGCGGACAAGUUUCCAGAAGUUAAGAAGAAGGCAUCUCCAGUCACCAACUUCCAGAUCUCCUGUAGCGGCACCGGAAUCAGCGGCUUGGAGAAUCGCUCCUCAUCCGGUUCCCAAAUCGUGUCCGGUUGUCGCCCUGCGCUGCUGUCUAGCCUGUCGAACGUGAAGCUCCCGACAAUCACGCUCCCGGAGUUCGACGGCGACUACAGCAAGUGGCUCACGUUCCACGACACGUUCCUCUCCCUGAUCCACUCGUCGAGUGAGAUCUCGUGCGUGCAGAAGUUCCACUACCUCCGGUCGUCACUUUUCGGAGAAGCUGCUGGCAAGGUCGCAAACCUGGAAAUCUCCGCUCAGGGCUACGCCAUCGCUUGGGAGACCCUCACCAAGUACUACAACGACAAGAAUCUCCUGCGGAAGAAGCACAUCCGUACGCUGUUGAAGUACCCCAAGAUCCCCAACGACUCCGUCGAAGCGCUGCACCGGAUUGUCGACGAUUUCCAGUGCCACACGCAGACCUUAAAGCAGCUUGGAGAACCGAUUGAGCAGAUGAGCUCGAUUCUGAUCGAGCUGCUGGAGGACAAGUUGGACGACGCUUCGCUGAGUGCGUGGGAGGAAUCGAUCGGCCAGAAGGAGGAGAGGUCAACUUUCAGCGCGAUGAUCGAGUUCCUGCAGAGGCGAGCACGCGUUCGGGAGACGAUCCAGAUCAACCGCCCACAGCAGGUCGCGCCGAAGUCCGGAAGCCACAAUCCCGCGCCCAAGAAGCCGUUCCAGACCCGCGUCAACUCGAACGCCGCAGUAGAAAUCCCGCCCAAGACUUUCCCGCUGUGCCCCGCCUGCGACAAACAGAAGCACUCGAUAAUGGACUGCGCUGCGUUCAACGGCAUGAACGUUUCGGAGCGCAUGAGGGUGAUCACGGACAAGAGGCUCUGCAGUAACUGCUUCCGAAGCGACCACUUUGCCCGGAACUGUCGCUCGAAGUACCACUGCAAGCACUGCAACAAGCGCCACCACUCGAUGAUCCAUCCCGGCCCCGGAUCACAGGACACGAACCCCAUCGUAGCCACCCCCGCAAUGAACCCCGCUCCCGUGAACGCCGCUACGAAGUCGCGCAACGCCAGCGUGCUGCUGUCGACGGUGGUGCUCGCCGUUUUGGACAGCUACGGCAAAGAACACCUCGCUCGUGCCCUGCUGGAUACCGGAUCUCAACCCAACGUGAUGAGUGAACACCUGUGCCAGCAACUCCAUCUGUUUCGCAAGGUUGCGAACGUCCCCAUCUCUGGUGUUGACAGCGCGAUCACGAACGCCAAGCACAAGGUCAGCACAGAGGUCAGAUCCCGUGUCAGCCGUUUCGCGGAGACUCUUGACUUCCUCGUGCUGCGCAAGGUGACCUGUGAGACCCCGCCCGUUACCAUCCCGAUCGCCCAGUGGAAGAUUCCUGAGCAUCUAGCACUUGCCGACCCGGAGUUCAACGUGUCCCGCAAGGUCGACAUGAUCAUCGGAGCUGCUCACUUCUACUCGUUCCUGCUUGAAGGCCGGAUCCGUCUGGCUGGCCCCGUCCCCCUGCUUGUCGAGUCCGUGUUCGGAUGGAUUGCGACGGGCUCAGUUGAGGUCGGCGACGAAGCGGAGCAGCAACCUACGGUGGCUUGUCAUGUGGUGACAGUCGAAUCCGUGGACAAGAUGCUGGAGCGAUUCUGGGCUCUCGAAGAGGUCGGCAGUUCUAACUACUCGGUCGACGAGCACAAAUGCGAAGCCUACUUCAAGGAGACGGUUGCGCGCGACGAGAGCGGACGGUACGUGGUCAAGCUGCCGAAGCACCCCGAGUUCCAGCAGAUGAUCGGCGCGUCGAAAACGAACGCUGUUCGCAGAUUCCGGUGGCUGGAGCAGAAGCUGGAAAACCAACCCGAGCUCAAGCCGCAGUACCACGAGUUCAUGCAGGAGUACCUGACCCUGGGCCACAUGCACGCUGUUCCCGACGACGCCGAAGACGAAAGUUCCCGCGCGUGCUAUUUGCCCCACCAUCCCGUGAUCAAGGAACAGAGCUCGACGACUAAAGUGCGCGUUGUGUUCGACGGUUCCGCCAAGACCAGCGCGGGACACUCCCUCAACGAUGCGCUUCUAGUCGGACCCGUGAGUGGCCGUCGUGUGCUGUGCGAAUUGCCCGGUGUGCCCGGCGUGUUCCCCCCCGAAAAAGAUCCCCAGCGGUGGAAAACUACCCCGUACCGGCCAGUGAGCUGCCCCAAAUCCCCGCACCCGCAGUGUCCCCCAUCUGCGGGACUGCACGAGUUGGUCAAGUUGAUCCACGAAGACACGCAGGACGGGUCGUUAUACAGGACGAGUCUAGCAGUUCACCACGGCGAGUACGAGUUGGCGCAGACGACGCUUGACCUGCUCGAUAUGGAACUCACAGCGACGGCCGGAGGUGUGUGUCCAGGUCAACUGCUCGUCGAAGAUCGGCGGUGA